GAAUUCAGUGCUGGCACCUUUACUUCCACCAGAUAAUACCAACUAACUAGAUGACUUUGGGGCUUAGGAAACCCGAAAGUUCAUCACCGAAUUAACCAAGGCCCUCCACCGGUCCCUGUCCUGUCAGCAAAAUCCAAUCGUCUUCAACUCCUACCUCCUACAGAUCCCGCUUGAUAUCCUCCCAUCUACGUCUCCCCAGCGGUCUCUUCCCCUUCAGGCUUCCCUACAAGUGUCUUUGCCCCAUUUAUGCGUGCUACAUGUUCCGCCCAUCUCAUUCUUCUUGCCUUCAUCACCCUAGCACUAUUGGGGGAGAAGUACAAAUUUUGAAGCUCUUCAUUAUUCCUUAAAAUCGUUCGUUGUAGCCAAAAAGAACCAGCACUGCUAUUUCUAUAAUAAUAAUGAUAAAAGGCACAUCACUUCAAAUUAUCUUUGCUCGGUCUACGACUUAUUUUCCAUUAACGACCUCUCGCGCGUACAUAACCUCACAGGUAAUACAAACAUACUUAGGGUUAAUCUGGUGUUCAUCGGUGGUGGCGUAAGAAGUGCAUCAGGCUGGAGAUUUAGUCGUUCUUUGUAAACGUGUUAUAAGUAAACAGUACAUUUAUUUUGUUUAAACUGUAUUGUAAAAAUGACUGAUGAAUCAUUUAAGAUUGAUUUGAAAGAAGUGAAAUUGGAUCUCCAGAGAGCAAUCGUCGAAUGUUCCCAGCGCGGUUUAUUACACAGUACAAAAUGGUUGUCAGAGAUGAAUUUUGCAUUGCGGGAAGUGAAGUUGGAUUCUCCUUGCAUUUAUACACAAUCUUUUGUAUAUCAAAAUGAAACAGAACAUUAUUUGGUGGCCAAAAGCUACUUAGAUCUGAAAGAAUAUGACAGGUGUGCUCAUUUUACUGAAUUUUGCAAAGUACCUCUCACUCGCUUUCUUCACUUUUAUUCGCGCUAUCUGUCUGGUGAGAAGAAGAAGAUAGAUGAUAUGAUAGAUAUAACAACGCCGUCUGAUCCCACUCAGAGUGCAAACUUGCAAGAGCUAGGAACUGAAUUUAUGAGGGACUACGUAGCCGAGAAACUGGACGGCUAUGAACUUUAUUUGUAUGGAGUUGUGCUGAAGAGAAUAGAUUUUCUAUGGAGAGCUAGGAAAGUUCUUGUUGAGGCUAUAUGUAAGGAACCGAUGCACUGGGGGUCUUGGCUUGAAUUAUCAACAUUGAUCACAGAUCGAACUGAGCUCAAAUCUCUCAAGUUACCAGAUCACUGGAUGAAACAUUUCUUCCUUGGACAUACAUUCCUAGAACUUCAACUAAAUGAAGACGCUCUAGAUAUUUACUUUGCCCUUCAGCACAAAGGUUUUGAGAAGAGUACUUACCUGAUAGCUCAGACUGCUAUUGCUUUUCAUAAUAGAAGAGAUGUAGAUGCGGCAAUAACCACAUUUCGUCGACUGCAGAAGUGUGACCCAUUCCGACUGGAUAAUUUGGAUACGUACUCAAAUCUUCUAUACGUGAAAGAACUGAGAGUAGAACUGGCACAUCUUGCUCAUCAGGCAUGUGAGAUAGACAAGUACCGUGUUGAGACGUGUUGUGUUGUAGGAAAUUACUACAGUUUGAGAUCAGAACACCAGAAGGCUGUAAUGUACUUCCAAAGAGCACUUAAGCUGAAUCCUCAGUAUUUGUCAGCUUGGACACUUAUGGGGCAUGAAUUUAUGGAGAUGAAGAAUACUAAUGCAGCGAUACAGAGCUACAGACAGGCCAUCGAGGUGAACAGAAGAGACUACCGAGCGUGGUACGGACUUGGCCAGACGUAUGAGAUCCUAAAGAUGCUGUUUUACUGCUUAUAUUACUACAAACAAGCCCAGCAGCUGCGACCGAAUGAUAGUCGCAUGCUCAUUGCACUUGGAGAAACAUACGAGAGACUGGAUAAGAUACGGGAUGCCCAGAAAUGCUACUACAAGGCUCGUAACGUCGGCGAUAUCGAAGGAACGGCGCUUCUUAAACUCGCAAAGUUGUACGAUAAACUGAAUGAGACCAGUUUCGCGGCGGCAUCAUUUUUGGAAUACGUGUCAGAGAACGAAUCCCGUGGAGAUAAAAGUGAACUAAGCCAAUCAUACAAAUAUUUGGCUAACUUCUUUCUGAAGCGAAAUCAACUGGAUAAAGCUUACCAGUAUGCACAAAAGUGUCUGGAAUAUGACGAGUCAAAGGAAGAAGGCAAGGCAUUACUAAGGAGUAUCGCACAGAAAAGGAGUCUGCAAGAAGAAGGCGAGAUGCAAGUAGAAGAAGAUUCUGCGUCCAUCAUCAGAGUAAGACCGAGAUUAGCCGAAGGAUCUCCAAACAGUCAGUUGACGCCAUUGAAUCUCAGCUUCACCAAUUGAGCAAGCGUAUUAUUUUUGUUGCCUUCAUCGAGGCAGAAACGAGUUUAACAAAUAAAACCUGCAAUAAGUCUCUUGUAUUCUCGUUUCUGUAACAGCUGUUUAGAUUCUUAUAUGUAGAAUUUAUUUUAUGCGUGUUUUAUUAUACCUUGAGAAUUGAUACACCGAUUUGCACCAAACUUGGCUUCCUUAUUCCAUUGAUACCAGAAAGAGAUUUUGGAAGGGUCAGAACUCUGGAAAAUGUGUUUUGACUUUGAGUGUCUGUGAGAUUGGUUUCUGUAGCUCAGAAACUAAAUAUAACAGAUGAGUUUUGUGUUCCCUCUAGGAGAUUGCAGAAUAAAAGGUCACGACCCUGAAAAACUGUUCCCUGGUUCAAAUCCCAAUGAAGAUGUUUUCUGUAUCUUGCAUUGAUUUUAGAGAAGAAUGUUUUUCACAAAAAUAGGUUUUUCAUAAACUUGCACCCAUAGGAAAAUAAAAAGAGAUGUACAUUACAAA